AUGCUCGAGGGUCCAUUAAAAUCGUGGAUUAUAUCCUUUUUAGGUCAAUAUGUAGAGAGUCAGACAAUGAACGUGUCCACCAAACUCUGGCAGUCGUCUGAGCGUCUUAAACUCGAGAAUUUGACGCUUAAGGCCAGCGUCGUGCCCAAUUGGUUACCAUUUCGACUCAAGACGGGCUUUGUGGGUCUAUUUGAAGCCGAUUUGCCCAUUUCUGCAAUUUUUGGCAGUGCUUCGGCCAAGAUCAAGUUCCAGGACGUUCUAUUGGUUCUAGAACCUCUUAAACACGAUGAAAAAGAGCUGCAGGAUGAGAUUUUGUUCUUAGUAGGGCAGAAGAUGUACAGGCUUGAACAGGACUUACAGGAUCGAUGGACGGGACCACAAGUAUUAGAAUCUGCGGUGCCUCAUGAGAGUGAAGGGUAUUUUGGUACCGACGGCUGGAUAGGACGCACUUUGACGAAACUUAUUGACAAUUUGCAGGUCGACAUUAGGAACCUACACAUUCGUGUGGAAGGAGUCUGGUCCCCGUCUGAACCGAUGAAGGAUCCGGUAACUUCCAGAGCUAGUAACAAGGAGAGAGAGGGCGUCAAAUUUGCAGUUGGAAUCACGCUCGGAGCACUUUCAGCCGUCACAAUGCCGAGCAAUUGGAGAGUUGAAGGGUUUGACGACCAGAAGAACGACAAGUCGCAGGAAAAUAAUCACUUGGUAUUCAAGUUGAUUAAUGCUAUUGAUCUGUCAGUGUAUGUAGACCCGAACGCACUGCAUUUUAUUCACUCGAAGAUACACCCGAAGGUGUUGCAGUCAGCGUUGUCACGGUUAAAAGCGAUGGGAUCGAGAGUAGCCAAGGCAGAUUGGUGGAAUGCCGAAGAGAGUGUACAUGCACAUAGGUUCUUGGUGGCACCGAUCAAUGUGACUCUUAAGUUGACAAUGAAUACUGCAGCAAAACAUGCGCAUACCGAUGACCCGCGGUAUGACGCGGUGUUUCAUUUGUCGAGGAUAUGGGUGACAUUGGAUGAAGAGCAGUUGUCGGUGGUAAAUCUGGUCAUGGACACGUUCUCUGGUCACGAGAAGUGGCAGCUUAUGGUAGCAGAACAGGUUAAAACGUCAGAGCAACAUACAGCAAAUAGUGAGGCCACAAUGACGGAACUGGCGAAAAAUUAUUUAUUGGUUUGGAACCAGAUAAUGGCUAUGAAAACUGAAGGAAUGGAUGAAUUGAGGAAGAGCGAGGCAUGGGAUAACGCGACAAGGAUAGAACAACAACUACCGUAUGAAGUGGUAGUAGCUAUCCGGAACCGUCUUGGGCUGGAAUUUGCUGAAGGAAAGACAGUGUCAUACCCCGAUAUGCUCUAUGGAAGUAUGAACGCAGCUGGAAUUCCUCUUCCAGAGAUAAAUGUAUCAUUUCCCGAAGGCCCAACGGGCCUUUUAUUUGACCUACUGCCGUCGGGUGAUGUGGCAAUUAAGCGGUGUGUAGAGAAAAGUCCUGCUGCGGCUAUAGACAAUCUGAAGCCAGGGCUCUUGCUGAUAAAAGUGGACGACAAACCGGUACGAUCGGUGUUCAGGUUUAAAUCAGAGCUGGAUUUGGAGCUUGCUAUUGACGUCAUGCCAGGAACAAAGGUAUUGACGUUUCGGUAUCCCUCCGUGGUGCCUCCCGAAGUCACAUCACCUCGUACAGUCGCUACAGUCGCCCAAGUUUCUUUCACUUCUGAUCAGCUCAAAUUCUGCCUCGUACGAGCUUUUCAGAAGCAGGUUAUUGCGGAAGUUGUGUUGGACAACCUUGCGAUAUCGAUCGCUGGGUACGGCCCUAGCUUAUUCUUGUACCACUUUUACGAAGUCAUGGUCAAGAGCUUUUACGUGCAAAGCAUGUCGCGAGAGGAAGACGAAGGUAAUCAUUGCAUUGCUUCAAGCAUAUGCAAACCCGUGGAUGUUUUUGGUGAUGGAGAUGCUCACAGCCCAGCCUUCCUAUUCAGCAUGGAUAAUUUUUAUGAGGCGCAUCCAGACGCCUGCCCUGACAGGGUGGAUACUUUUGGGUCAAAGAUCUCGGUGGCAAUUGGUAACUCCAUUGUGGUUAUUGAUGAAGCAAAGACGACGGUAUUACUUGGCGAAUGGCACGACUGGCUUGGUGCAAUCUCAAACGACUACUCCAAUGGUACUUUGCCUUCAUCAAGCGCUCCUCGGAUAGAGAUUGAUUUGGGUACAGUGCCUUUGUCAUGGAGCUCUCAAGUGUCAUCAUAUGCAUCGACGAGCCCUUCUAAGGCUACAGAAGUCAGCAGCUACUCGUAUGAAGUCAAAGUUGAACUAUUGCGAGUAUUUAUCAGCGCCCACGAAACGCCUAUUGCGCCUGCUAAAAUUUCCUACGAGCCUUCGUAUCGUGCUCUACUGAAGCAACUUAUCGGCGAUGAACCAAGCGGACCGCCACCUAUUCCAGAUUGGAUCAGAGCGGCGCAUGCAAUUGUCGUGAUGCAACGUUUCAUUCGAGGAGCUAUCGUACGCAAACGUAAGAUGGUUCGCUUAGCGCUAGCUAGAAAUCGAUGGAUGUUUUGCCAAGAUAACGAGAAAAUGGGCUGGCUGUAUACCCGAGUUGAUUCCCUCGCAUUUCGACGUUGGCGUCGCUCGUGGUGCCACCUCGAUGCUAACGGCAACUUCUCGAUUUACAGUAACGGUUCAGGCGCCGAGACGCUCGAUGUGUUUAGCCUAAUGGGUUGCAAGGUUAUCAUGCUACCCUACACUUCUGGAGGACCGUGGGGCUCACAGCGUGACAAACUGUCUCAAGUUCUUGAAAUUACGACCCGAUUUGGUGCUCUUCGCAAGGUAAUUAGCGCUGAUAAUCUGGUGGAAUUGAAGAAGUGGAAGCACUGUAUUGAAAGCAUGGCCAAAAACGCAACAAAACGAUUAAUUAGUGAGGAUGUGGAGGCAGAAGAAGUUGUGUACGAAUCAGGAGUGGAAGGGCCUGUUGGAAAUAACACUGCAAAAAACGAACAGUGGAAUGGAUUAAAAUUGGACGAGCUCUUGCUAGGAGGCUUUUCAAGCAUCUACCGCGCAGCUGCAACUCUGAAAAAAGAGCAGACGUCCUGGUUUUCUUUGAGUGUAGCCGGCGUGAAUUUCGCUGUGGAUGUGCACAGUGUAUCCGAGCCGGACCACUCUGCAUUUGCGUUAUAUUUAGGCUUGAAGGAUUUCACCGCAUUGGACCAUCGCCAGUCAUCCAAUUACGGUUUUUUGCACGUCGGCGACAAGUUUUUGAGCCUGAAAAAUGGCAAUUUGACUCCCGGUAAGAUACGAGCGGACCACUUGAAUAGUGGACUCUUUCUUGUGCUGCAUAUGUCCUAUCGGGGAGCACGCGCUGAAUCAAAUUGUUUCGUACGCCAAAGCGGGCUUCACGCAGAGCUUACAGUAUCCGGUUGGGUGAUGCCAUUUACUUUGAUGCAGGUCUUUUUCGAUAUAAUGGACGUCCUUAAUGUGCUCUGGGCUGCUGACACAGACACUACAGAUAGUGGAGUCGAUUGUACAUAUGCACCCGAGCAGGUGAGUUUUGCUCCUUGGAAAGAAGUGCCUGAGCUUGGAAUCCAGAUUCGUGCUCCAAUUUUGGAGGCCUAUCUUGAGGAUUCUCAUUGUGUAGCAAAGCUGACGAUCGAGGACAGCUCAUGUUCGUACCGCGCUGAUGCAAGAGUGGAAAAUUUCAAGCUGCAUCUUGGUCCCACUGCGCUAUUUGUGCUAACCGAAGAUGUUGCGCUUCGACUGGUUCAAGUGGACAGAUUCUGGCUGAGCUAUGAUCUCAGACUGCAUCUUCAGAUGGCAUUUAGUGCUGGUAGUUGUGCCUUGUGUGCUGAUGAGUCGGCAAAGAGGCCAGUGUGUCAUCGCUCCAUCAACAUUUCGAUUGGUCAGGUGAAACUUGAGGCCGACCGAAGGUUGGAGCUACUUUUUGCGUUACUGGAGGCACUAACAAUCAUACCAGACGAUACAAAAGGUAAGUCAGAAUUUGAUAGCGCUAGCGAAGAAAAACCAUGA